AAUGAGUCUUUGUGUGGCUCGAGCGAAUGAGAGCGAGUCUUCGGUCUGUUUUAGACCGGAGCGUAUGCUAACAGCAGUGGAGACCGGGAGCGUGCAGUUUACCUCUCUCGCCCCGGUCUCCUCUCUCGCCCCAGUGCAAUGGAGGGCCUUUAUUCAGCACGUCUCAUCUGGCUCUGAACGGCGUGAGGGAGGAGAGUAAAGCAGCGGCGGACGCAGCCAUGAGUGGAAUUCUGAAGAGGAAGUUUGAGGAGGUGGAGGGGGCGUCGCCCUGCUCCUCACUGAGGGAGUCUGAGGAGGAGGAGAUAUCCAGCACUGAGAGCGGAGACAGCAGCGACAGCGUCAACCCAUCAGCAUCACACUUCAGCCAUUCUUCAUCAGCAUCCUCCUCAUCAUCAACACACGCACUGCAGCGGACAACAUCCUCGAUACUGAAGCGGGAGAAGCGGAUGAGGACGAGGAGGGUGCACUUUGAGAAGGUGACUGUGUAUUACUUCAGCCGGAGGCAGGGAUUCACCAGCGUGCCCAGUCAGGGUGGCAGUACGCUGGGCAUGUCCAGCAGACACAGCUGCGUGCGGCAGUAUACGCUGGGAGAGUUCGCCAUGGAGCAGGAGAAAAUCCACAGAGACAUGCUCCGAGACCACUUGAAAGAGGAGAAACUCAACUCUAUUCGUCUGCGGUUGACAAAGAACGGCUCGGUGGAGUCCGAGGAGGCCAAUGCUCUCACGCUGGACGACAUCUCUGAUGAUGACCUGGACAUUGAUAACACAGAGGUGGAUGAAUACUUUUUCCUUCAGCCAUUGACCACUAGGAAGCGGCGCGUUCUACUGCGCUCAUCCGGGGUCAAGAAGCUCGAUGUGGAGGAGAAACAUGAGCUACGAGCCAUCAGGGUGUCCAGGGAAGACUGUGGCUGUGACUGCAGACUCUUCUGUGACCCAGAGACCUGCACAUGCAGCCUCGCUGGCAUCAAGUGUCAGGUAGACCGUAUGUCAUUCCCAUGUGGCUGCACAAAAGAGGGCUGCAGCAACGCAGCCGGCAGGAUCGAGUUUAACCCCAUCCGAGUUCGGACUCACUUCCUGCACACCAUCAUGAAGCUGGAACUCGAGAAGAGUCGCGAGCAGCAGCAGAAUUCCGGCACCAUCGCACCGACCGGCAACGGUUUCCACGGCGACCCGAACAGUCACUGCAGCCCCCUGGCGACGGGCCAGCAUGCGCUGGAAUACACGAUCCCGGAUACAGUGCCGCAAACCACCAUCAUGCAUCUGCAGGCCGGCGACGACAUGGACGACACCUUGGAAGACGAGGAGGAAGAAGACGACGAGGAUGAGGAAGAUGAGGAAGAGGACGAAGACGACGAAGAAGACGAGGACGAGAGCAGCAGUCUGUGCAGUCUAUCCGACUCCAGCACACAGAGUUUGGCAAACAGCGACUCUGAGGAGGAAGACGACAAUGAGGACGAAGACAAGACAGAAGAGUUUGACACGGGAUUGGCCAAUAGCGAAGUGGCUCUGCCCCCUUCCGUGAUGUGUUACUCUGAGAAUACGGUCGCGUCAGACAACCAAACGAACGGCAACUCCUACUUCAUCAACUCCACCACGGAGUACUACCCAAUAGAAAACGCUACUCCGCCCGCACUUUUAGCCUCCGCCAACCAAUCUAGUGAGCCCUAUGUAGGGGACACAGCGUCCUAUCAAGACAGGGUUAAUGACUCCAGUAGGGUCAUGUCUCAGGGUCCUUACAAUGUGACCGCUGACCAAUACACGGACUACUCCCAGCAGCCCGAGCAGCCAUAUGCCAAUAACCACUUGGCUGUGAUUGGCUGUUGCGCCUCACAGCCAGAUAAAAGUGUCCAGUCCAAAGGGACCUUCCUCAGCCAAUCAGGAGAGCUGAGCCAGAUGGAAUUCCAAAACUAUAUGAACAACAAUACACAGGAUACAAGUUACAAUGCCAACGGGAACUGUUACUUAGCUGAACAGCCAAAGGAGAUGUCUCACAAUCUGCCCGAAGUUUCGCUAGCGGACAACAUGAAAGGACCUACUUUACUGGAUGCUUUUGCUGAGCCCACUCCAGUUUAGAUUCAGAAAGCAGAAAGAGUAUAAAAGCAGCUUUCGAUUCUGCACAUCAACCUUUAGUUUUCCUGUUUAACGUUUGGCGGAUCCAAAAAUAUGUAUUUUUACUGAACUUUACUGAACAAAAACGAUUUAAACUGCAAAAUCAGAGUGUAUAAGCUUUAGGUUGGAAACACUCUACGCAAGUACGUGAACGCAAAUGCUUCGAGCUACGCGUGCUUGAUUUCAAUAACGCAAUGGGUCUUAUUCACUAAUAAUUGCGUGGAUUAUUGCAUUUGUACGUACAUGAGAAUUUGAGAAAUUUCUGCUUGUGUCGACGUGCAUUCUCAACCUCAACUGAAAUUACUCAUUUGAAUGAAACACACCCAAGCUAUCUGCAUAUAAGGAUUUUUCGCACAUUUUUCUUUCACAGCCUUUUAUCACUUUUAGCCAGAGCCGUCCAUAACGGGGAGAAAAGUGGCGGCAAUUCAUCUUAACAUUAUUAUAACACGAUUCAUUUCAUCUUAACAUGAUUAUAACAUGAUUCAUUUCAUCUUAACAUGAUUAUAAGGCCAGCAGUAUGUGAUUUUUCCAUACGUGGUUUCAGUUGUUCCAAUUUUUUCCCCCGUAAAUUUACAUAAAAUUUUAGGACGAAAGUUCUUGAUUUGGUCAUGAUACAAUCGUACGCAGAUUUCAAGGAUGAAUUAAUGCGUGCACGUGCUUAGUGAUAAAUUAGACCCAUUGUUUUUAAAUCAACAGACAUUAGUAGGUAUUCUAGCACCCCCCUGAGGUUUAUUACUGCUAGAGCAAGAACUUAAAGGGAUAGUCCACCUAAAAAUGAAACUCG